UACAGAGAACUUUUUUUCCUUUUUUUCAGUCCGUAACUUUCAAUUAAAUUAGUCUGCAAAUACACUCGCGAUUGCUGGACUUUAAUUAUCACUUCAUAGCCUCCUUCAAGAGAAUUCACGGAUGGAAGAUUAAAUCGCGUACUUGUGAGGGUGAAUUAAUUUUUACCGAUCCGCCGCACCCUCAUGCUUCCCGUUAUCUACCUCGAAAGGAGAUUUAUUGAGUCGACAAGUUUAUUUCAGGAAGCAUGAGACUUUUCGCGCACGCUUAUGAACGCGUAGCAGCUAAUUCUCCUUCCAAUACAAUCGCGAGGAGAUAAAUAUUUUCUCGGAACGUCAUUUUCACGUGAUUGUAUCGCCAUAUAAGGACCGAGGAUUAAGUGACUGCUUGCAUGACUGCAACUGUUCGAAAACUUAAUUAAUUAUUCCAAUGACGUAUCGCGAACGCGUUGUAGCGCAGUACUUAUUGCUGUAAUCACGAUAAUUACUCGGGAGAUCGUUACGCAAUUGCGAGAUACGGGCGUGAUACCAUGCGGAUCUUCCGCGAUCCUUCGCACAGCCGCGCGAUCGCGUUCGAUUGGUGAUUAUUUUCCGGCGACUCGCGAAAAUAUUGGAUCGAGACACGUCGUCGCCUCCGCCCGAGCCGGCGUCGCCCCGUGCCCGAAUUGGACGGAAUUAACGUGGCGCAUUACCAGAUAAUAAUUUGUCAUUGCGUGCGAAAGUUCCAUUAACAUGAACGUCACACAACAAUGACCGAAUUCAUUCCCGGUUCGACACGGAUACGCACGCAACAAUGCCGUCCGCGUACCAAUCGGGUUCAAAGCACCACGACAAUAGACCCUGCGGUGGAAGCUCGCUCGGUGAAAAGCAACUGCAGAAGAUCCUAAUAGCGAUUGGCAUGUAUGCGACAUAGUAACUUGUUUUAAUAUCAUGAUGCGGAGAGCUCGCAGAUCAAUUAGUAUGCUGCCAGCCAUUUGGAUACUCAUCGCGUUAGAUUUAUUGGACAAUGUUUCAGCGCAAACGACCUGCAACGGCGGUUUGGGUAGGGUGGUUUACGAGAGACUUCCGGAUCAGCAGCUUCAAAGUUUCGAUGACAAUGAGCUGCGGAAGACGGAGCCUCCGUUCAGGGUCUUAGAAACGUGUCAAGAGCUCUGUCUGCGCGACAGAGCGGUGAACAACAACCUGGUACGCAUCUGUUCGAGCUUCGACUUCCUGCCCGGCAACAGAAUCUCGUCUUUCAACGGCGCCGGCGAGUACGAGGAGAGUACUUGCUAUUUAACGAGCGAACAGGCGCAGCCGGAGGGCAUUGGAAAUCUCAUGCUCGUACCGAACAGCGUGCACUUCAGCGAAGUAUGCCUAACGUCCAGCAGAAUAGGGAGGGAAUGUCCAAACCGUCGUUACGUGUUCGAGAGGCACCCGAGAAAGAAGCUGAAGCUACCCUUGACAGACAUCAAAGAGGUCAGCGCUGCCAACAGAACCGACUGUGAGGACAGAUGUCUCAACGAGUUCAAUUUCGUCUGCCGGUCGGCGACAUACGACACUGCUCUAAGGAGCUGUUCUCUCAGCCGUUUCACCAGAAGAACUCACCCCGAAUUAUUAGAGGAUGAUCCAAAUUCUGAUUAUCUGGAAAAUACUUGCCUCAACGGCGACAGACGAUGCGACGGUCUCGCAGUAUUCGUCAAGGAAGAAAACAAAUAUUUACGCGGCCCGUUUGACGUGGACAUAUACAAGAAUCUCACUUUAGACGAAUGUCAGGCGCUAUGUCUCAACGCGGAGAAGUACUUCUGUCGUAGCGUCGAGUUUGACGAGCAAACUCGGCAGUGCAUCAUAUCCGAGGAGGAUUCCGUCUCGCGAAAGGACGAGAUUACAGUUAGUAGCAGUCCGAGUCAUCACUUUUACGAUCUGGUGUGCUUAGACAAUCAUCCGUCCGUAGCGCGCGGCUCCGAAUACCCGGACAGCAGUUCGACGUCGCACCUCUUCUCCGACGGUCGUCGUCCGGACACGGCCUUCCAGCGUUAUCGGAACUCGCGUCUGAGCGGCGAGUUUCAUUCGGAGAUUACCGGACGCAGCCUCAGCGAGUGCCUGGACGAGUGCCUCCGGCAGACGAGCUUCCAGUGCCGCAGCGCCGUUUACUCGGAAAAUUAUCACACCUGCCGAUUGAGCCGAUACAAUCAAAGGGACGGCAACCGGAUUAUCUACGAUGCCGAUUACGACUAUUACGAGAACCUCAUGCAUCAAUAUCUAGACGGCGAUCGCGAUGGACCUGGAUACAGACCCGAUCCUCUGGGACAAGACACAAACUUCGGACGACCCUCUUUAGGAAGACCCGGAUACCCGGACGAUUACGACAAAGGAUAUUCCAGCAGCGUCAAACCGGAUCGGUAUCCCGACCGCUAUCCAGACCGACUACCAGAUCGUUACCCAGAUCGGUAUCCCGAUCGCUAUCCAGACCGAUACCCCGAUCGUCGUCCCGUAGACGAUAGAUACCCGGACAACAAAUAUCCUUCAGGCGAUUCCGACAAUUAUCCCGACCGAUAUCCUCUUGGCGAUCGAUAUCCCGAUAGAUAUCCCGCGGGAGAUCGUUAUCCCGCGGGAGAUCGCUAUCCCACCGGAGACCGCUAUCCCACCGGAGACCGCUAUCCCGCGGGAGAUCGCUAUCCCACCGGAGACCGCUAUCCCGCGGGAGAUCGCUAUCCCGCGGGAGAUCGCUAUCCCGCGGGAGAUCGCUAUCCCGCGGGAGAUCGCUAUCCCGCGGGAGAUCGCUAUCCCGCGGGAGAUCGCUAUCCCGCGGGAGAUCGUUAUCCCGCGGGAGAUCGUUAUCCCAUGGGAGACCGGUAUCCCAUGGGAGACCGUUAUCCAGCCGGAGACCGCUAUCCGGAUCGAUAUCCCAUGUCCGAUCGAUAUCCCAUAUCCGAUCGGUAUCCCGUUAGAGGAGGAGAUCGCCGUCCUGUUAAUAGAUACCCAGAUGCCGGAACUCUGGGGAAAUAUCCCGCGAAUGAUCGGUAUCCCGUAAUACACGGAGUCCGAUUGCCUCCAAGCCGAUAUCCCACCGACAUGAUCGAUCGAUAUCCCAACACGAUCGACCGGUACCCUUACCCGGAAGACCCGAUGGACCGAUAUCCUAUGACAUCAGGUGACAGAUCUCCUGCCGAUCGAUACCCAGUUAGUGGAAGAUAUCCGGACAAGGAUCCUUAUGCUAACCGCAGGUAUCCGCCAGGGAUGUACUCGCACGGAUUCGCCGAUGAUGUUCGCGGUUCCCAGGGCCAGGGUCAGGAGCCGCGACCCCCUUACGGCAGCGGGCCGUACGGCCCGGCGCGACCCGUCGGAGGGUACGGAGGAUACGGCGACGGUGGUAUCGUUGGUGGUGGAUACAUAGGCGAGGGCGGCGUCUACAACCCUCGUCCCUUCGGAACUGCCGGCGGGCCUAUCAUAGGCAGACCCCCGUUAGUGUCCACGUGCGACGAGCAGGAUAAUUUCAGACAAGUCGGGUCUCACACCAGAGUGCGGAAGCCGUUCGUCAGGCGGUACACCACCGCCUCGUCGUUGGCCCAAUGCGAGAAGGAAUGCGCCGACGCCAGAGACUUCGUUUGCAGGUCCUUCAAUUACCGGCCGUACGCUGCGCCUUACGGGGCCGAGAGGGACAACUGCGAGCUCAGCGACCGGGACUCCAGGGACAUGGACAUGGGCAAUCCGGUUUAUUACGACUCGGGCUCCGAUUACGACUUCUACGAGAGGAACAACGGCCGCCAGGGCGCGGACGGGGAAUGCCUGGACGUGAGUCAAGUCUGCAGCGAGGACGGGAUGGAGUUCACUCUCAGGACGCCGGAGGGAUUCAUCGGGCGAAUUUACACGUACGGAUUCUACGACCGGUGCUUCUUCCGCGGGAGCGGCGGGACCGUGAAUGUGCUCCGUAUCAGCGGACCUCAGGGAUACCCCGACUGCGGGACACAGCGAUACGGCGAUACGAUGACGAACAUCGUGGUGGUGCAGUUUUCGGACUAUGUGCAAACCGGACGGGACAAACGAUUCAACCUGACGUGCAUGUUUCGGGGACCCGGCGAAGCUGUCGUCACAUCCGGCUACAUCGGUGCCGGGUAUGCCAGAUCAGGGUCUCCCAUCCCCAUUGAAUAUCUCCCAGCGGAAAACACCCUGAGCUCCAGAGUGCGCUUGUUGAUUCUCUAUCAGGGUAGACCUACGACGACCAUCGCUGUCGGCGACCCUCUCACUUUCAGACUCGAAGCUCAGGAUGGGUACAAUUACGUAACAGACAUAUUUGCUACCAAUGUUAUCGCAAGAGAUCCUUACUCUGGUAGAAGUGUCCAACUGAUAGACAGAUAUGGCUGUCCGGUAGACAACUACGUGUUUCCGGGUUUGGAUCGCCUCCGCGACGGUGACAGUCUCGAGGCCCGCUUCAACGCCUUCAAAAUACCCGAAUCAAAUUUCCUGGUGUUCGAGGCGAACGUGCGAACGUGUCGCGAUGGUUGCCAGCCGGCGUAUUGCUCCGGCGGCACCGGGAGAAGCGAGCCGUCCUUCGGCAGGCGGCGAAGGGACGUAAAUAACGACACGGUAGCGGACGAGGACGAGGUAUCGCCGAUAGCGGUGACGGACGGUGACUCUAACAACGCAUCGACGACGAUUUUCAACGCGACCGACGCUGCGAACGAUGAGCUAGAUGACGAAGAGGAGGAAGAACACGUCAGAGAAAUGAUAGAGGUUCUCGACUCGAGAAUGGACAUUGAGGAAGACACCAUCGUCGAGAAGCAAACUAAGAUCUUGGAAAAUAUUUGUAUAACGCAAAACGAAUACUAUGGCUUGGUUACCGCAGUGGGCAUCCUCGUCGUGCUCUUAGCCUCCGUCGUUCUCUUGUCUAUGCUCGUCUACAGAAAAUACGUUUAUUCCGUGAUCAUGAAAAAUCGUAGACUCGACAAAACCUGUAACCGCAGCAGCCAUUCCGACGACCAUUACAGCAGCCGGGUCAAUAACUUUUCUUUUAUGAGGGCGGGUCUUCAAAAACCGUUUCAGGCGUCGUCAAUCUCAAGAUCAAUGAGCAACGCUAUCAGCCAACGUCUUGCCUCGUCGCCCACCGCUCUGGAGGGUGCUGUAGGAUUAUCCACCGGCCGACGUGGCGGUUUCGAUCCGAGCGAGCCGAUCUACACCGAUCCCUCGCUUUUCGAGGUCACCCGUUGCUCGAACGCCACGAAAUCGGCUCUCAGCGAUAACUUUCAUCUUAUGUAAAAGAAUUUCGCGGGUAGAUCGAA